AUGGGGAGCAGAGCGCAGGCGCGGCCAACCUCCGAGGCCUUCGGGAAACGUAGGCUGACAGCCCUUCUGGCGCAUGCGCAUUUACUCUCGGGCCUGGCUUUGAUGUACGGGUGCUUUGUCCCGCUAGCUGGGAGCGGCUGCGAGUGUAGGCUGGGUGGCCUUCCUAUGGUUCAAACUGAGAUUAGAGCCUCAAAAAAGCUCCCAGGUGAAGAGCCACCGCCACUGAGUCCCCACAUCCUGGCUCCACAGAUCAGACCAGAUUCCUCACAAAUUAGAAUUGGAAUGGAGAAGAGAACGGAAUGGAAUUGGAAGAGAGAGCCUCCGGGGAGUCAGGAUCCUCCUCCGGGGGAAGCAUGCUGUUCUCCAGGACUUCUCUUCAGAACUAUAGCAGCACAAGAAGGAGAAAAUCAGGGAGCUACUGGUGUUGAAGUAAUUCCUGUCCAAGGAGACCAGGGCCUCAGUGAUGUCAAGGGAUCAGACAAAUAUCAAAGAGGAAUGACUGUGGAGGAUAAGAUUACUGUUCUUCAGGAAAGAGCUCCAUGGCCUCUGAAGUCCUCCCUUCCCCAAAAGUGGACCACAGAAGAGGAGGCAAUGGCUGCCAGCUCUAUCACUUCCUGGGAAGCAGUGACAUUCAAGGAGGUGACUGUGGACUUUACCCAAGAGGAGUGGGAACACCUGGACCCUCUUCAGAGGGACCUCUACAAGGAUGUGAUGUUGGAGAACUAUAGGAACCUGGUCUCCUUAGGACUUGUGGAUUCCAAACCAGUCAUGAUCUCCUGGUUGGAGCAGGGGGAAGAGUUGCAAAUGCCUUAUCCCCAAGAAACUGAAAAAGGAGUGGUCUUGGAAGGCACCUGUCCAGACUGGAAGACUAAGUGCCAGACCCAAAGGUCACCUCAAACGAAGGACUUUACUGAAGACGUAGGUCAACCAGAGAGAUUAGUGGAGGCACUCAACAGAGUAGUUUUCCACCGGGGUUGCAUGUUUGGAAAAGCUCCUAAACAGGGGAGCAGGUCUUUGAGCCAAAAGGAGAACUUUGCAGAAGAGACCCAAAGAAAGUCUUAUUUCCAGGAAAAUGAUUUCCAAGUGAAAAUCUCUAAUAAAAAAAACUUCACUGCAGAGAAAGGCCAUGAAUACAAUGAAUUUGACAGAACCUUCAAUCAAGGCAUCUGCAAACAGACAAAAUAUUGGAAUCCCAGUGAAUGUGAGAAUUUCUUUAGUCAUCACACAGCCCUUACUCAACCUCAGACACUAAAUGGAAAAGAGAAACUCUGCCAAUGUGAGGAAUGUGGGCAACCCUUUACUAUUAAUGUAGGACUUGGUGAACAUUAUCAAAUACAUGCUGGAGAGAAACCUUAUGACUGCAGUGAAUAUGAGAAGGACUUGAGCCACAGCUCAUUUCUUAUAAAAUCACAAAGAAUUAAUACUGGAGAGAAAUCCUGUGAAUAUAAAGAACAUGAGAAAGCAUUCAAUCAGAGAGCAAAUGUCAAUGUACAUCAGGGAAUUCAUACUGGAGAGAAAUGCCAUGAAUGUCGUGAGUGUUGGAGGUCCUUCAGUCAGAGGUCUGGUCUUAUUCACCACCAGAAAAUUCAUCCUGGAGGGAGCCCAUAUAAAUGUAAUGAAUGUGGAAAGGCCUUCAAUACUGGUGGAAGCCUUAUUGAACAUCACCGAAAGCAUACUGGAGAGAAACCCUAUGAAUGCAAUGAAUGUGGGAAAGCAUUUAGCCACAAACCAUAUCUUAUUCAACAUCAGAAAAUUCAUACAGGUGAGAAACCUCAUAAAUGUAAUGAAUGUGGGAAGACCUUCAGGACCCGAACACAACUUAAUAGACAUAAGAGAUUUCAUACUGGAGAAAAGCCCUAUGAAUGCAGAGAAUGUGGGAAGGCCUUGAGUGACAGCUCAUCCCUCAUUGAACAUCAAAGAAUUCAUACUGGAGAGAAACCCUAUAAAUGUACAGAUUGUGGAAAGUCUUUCAGUAAGAGAGCACGCCUUACUCCACAUCGGAGAAUUCAUACUGGUGAGAAGCCCUAUGAAUGCAAUGAAUGUGAGAAAGCCUUUCGAGAUAGCUCAUCCCUUAUUAACCAUCAGCGAAUUCAUACUGGAGAGAAGCCCUAUGAAUGUAAGGAAUGUAGGAAAGCCUUCAGUCGGAAAACAAACCUUACUGUUCAUGAGCGAAUUCACACUGGGGAGAGACCCUAUGAAUGUCUUGAAUGUGGGAAGACCUUCAGUCAGAGGUCUAGCCUUAUUCACCAUCAGGUAAUUCACCAUGGAGAGAAUGGCUACAAAUGUAAUGAUUGUGGAAAAGCCUUCAGUAUUGAAGCACACCUGAUUGAACACUGCCGGAUACAUACUGGAGAAAAACCUUAUGAAUGCCAUGAAUGUGGGAAAGCUUUCAGCCGAAGUUCAUCACUUACUCAACAUCAGAGAAUUCAUACUGGAGAAAAACCCUAUAAAUGUACUGAAUGUGGGAAGGCCUUCUGUAGGCGCACACAUCUCACUCAACAUCUAAGAAUCCACACUGGGGAGAAGCCUUAUGAAUGUAGCAAAUGUGAGAAAUCCUUCAGUGACCGAUCAUCCCUUAGUCAACAUCAGAGGAUUCAUACUGGAGAAAAACCCUAUGAAUGUAAGGAGUGUGGGAAGGCCUUCAGUCAGAGAACACAGCUUAAUAAACACCAGAGAAUUCACACUGGAGAGAAGCCCUAUGAAUGUCAUGAAUGUAGGAAGGCCUUCAUUCAGAAAUCUGGUCUUUCUUACCACCAGAGAAUGCAUCCUGAAGGGAACAAUUAUAUAUGUAAUGAAUGUGGGAAAGCCUUCAGUCGGAAUUCUUGCCUUAUUUAUCAUCAGUUUAUUCAUGAUAGGAAGAAACCUUAUGAAUGUAAAGUAUGUGGGAAAAUCUUCCCUCAUAACUCGUCCCUUAUUGAACAUCAGUUCAUUCAUAUGGGAAAGAAAUCUUUUGUAUGCAGUGAAUGUGGAAAAUCCUUUUUCUUGAGCAAAAGCCUUAAAAGACAUGAGAGAAUUCACAUGGGAAAAAAGAUCUUAUGAAUGUGAUACUUGCAGAAAAUGUUCAGUUAUAGAUAUUCCCUUAUUUAAAGAGAAUAAAUGGUGAAAAGAAUACUGCUG